AUGAAUGAGGCAUCCUCUGGUCAAUUACAAAAUGGUAAGAAGAAAGAAGAUUUAUUAAAAGAGUAUGACAAUUUAAAAAACCAUGAAACAUUAUAUGAAAGUUUUUGUAUAGUUGGUCAAGAUGAAUGUACCAUUGAUGUUGAAGUUGUUAAUAAAAAUGAAACAUCUAAAGAACCAAUUAUUGAUAUAGAACUUGUCUUUCCUCGUCUCAAAGAAAGUGUUAAAGAUGAUUAUGAAAUUAUAAGUAGUACACCUGGAGGAACUGUUGCUGAUUUACUUCAUAGUUCAAUAAAACAUACAGAAUGUUUUAUUACUAUUAGACGUGGUUUUUCUAAAAUGCCUAUUGUUGAUAUUGGUAUUCUUGAUGAGUCAAAUGGUGAACAAUUAAUGGCUGAUUCUGUAGCUAUUACACAAACAAGAUAUGGAAAUUCUGCAAACAUAAGUGGUAAUAAAAAUAAACAAGUAUAUUUAACAUUUCGCCGUUUAAAAACAAUGUCUGAGAUAAGUACAAAUGAAGUUGUUACUGAUAUAUGUGUUAUCAAUGCUUCAAACAACGAAAAAUGUCCUGCAUCAUUUUAUAAAAUUGAUAAAGUUUUUAACAAAAGUUUAACUGCAUCCAAUAUGUAUAUUUGUUAUAAAAAAAGUAGAAGAGCAAGACGUUCAAUAUCAUAUUCUCCUAAAAUAUUGGAUUCUUUUUCAAAUGACAGUUGUAAAAUAAUAUCUCCAGAUGUUGCAAAUUUUUGUAUGCCUAAUGGUGUAGAAAUGGUUUGUUGGCCAAUUAAUAAACCAUAUCCAGAAGAUCAAGCAUCUUCAUUUGUUUUAACGGAUGAUAAAGCAAAAAAAACAUAUGCUACAUGUUUAACAUUUUAUGAAAUACAUAAUUUAAAAUUAACUAAUGAACAAAAACAAAAAUUAAAUGUUGAAGAAUUAUCAAAUUCACCUAAAAAAGAAAAUAUUAAUAAUAUUGAUGAUAUUCAAAGUAAUGAAUUUGAUAAAAAAAUUAAUGAUAAAGAAUAUAAUGAAAUAAAAGAAAAAUUAAUUGAUAAUGGAUUAACACUAUAUACACCAAUUGAAACAGAUGAUAAUGAAACAAAUAAAAUAACAAUAGAAAUUAUUAAAGAAGAUUUAAUUAUAUUAAAGAAUAAAACAAUUGUUUUUAUAUCUAAAUUUCCUUUUAAUGAAGGAUUUAAAACAAUAUUAGAUAUAUUAAGAAGAUAUAAUUCAUUAGACAAUGAAAUAAAUAUACCUGUUGAAAGAAUAUUAUCAUAUCUUAUGUAUGAAGUUGUUUAUCCAGCACCUAAAGUACCACAAUUUCGUCUUCAUUUAUUUAAUGAAAAAAUUUUAUUUAAUUUACAUGAUAUUCCAGAAAUGCCAUUAUCUGGUGCAAGAUUUAUUGAUUGUUUAAAUCAAUUAGGUGUUGAAAAUAUGAUAACAAUAUUUUUAUGUAUUCUUCAAGAAAGGACAGUAAUUUUUCAUUCAAUGCGUCACAACACACUCUCACCAAUUUGUGAGACAUUUGUCUCAUUAAUAUUUCCACUUUUCUGGCAAUGUCCUUAUGUACCAUUAUGUAUAAGUGAGGCAAGUAUAAUAUGUGAAUCACCAGUUCCAGUAAUUGCUGGAAUUGACUCAAAAUAUUUUGAUGUUGAAGGUGACCAAACAACAGAUGCAAUAUUUUUUGGUAUUGAUACUCAAUCAUCAUCAUUAUCUAAUGAUGAAGUUAAACGGUUAUUAAAUUCUGUUCCAUCAAAUCCAUUAAAAAUAUUAAGAAAUGAUUUAGAAUCUAUACAUAGAUUUGAUUCAUUUCCUCAAAUAAGAGCAUAUUCUUCUUUAGUAUCACGAGAUAUUCAAUAUGAAUCAUUUAAUAUAAUUGAAAAAACAAAUCAUAAAGUACGAAGAUAUUUUUUAAAAUUUAUGUCAUCAUUAUUAAAAGGAUAUGAUGAAUGUAUAUUACCAUUAAAAAAAGCUCCAUAUUUAGAUAAUUUAAAAGAUAUACAAAAUGUUUUUGAUUUUGAAAAAUUUAUUCGUUCAAAGGAUCGUCAAUCAUUAAAUUUUUUUAAAACAUUUGUAAAUACUCAAAUGUUUCGUCAUUUUAUACAAGAAAGAAUUUUUCAUUCAGAAAAAAAUGAAUUUUAUUUUUUCUUUGAUGAUAUUUAUCGUAAAUGUGAUAUAUCAUCAACAACAACUAUGUAUGAUAAUGAUGACAUUAAUAUUAAUAUGAAAACUAUUGAAGCUAAUAUACAAUGUUCAUCAACAAUAAUGAAAAAUGUUAAAAAAUUUAAACAAUUUCCAAACAAUUUAAAUAAAGAAUUAUAUGAUUUAGAAUUUGUUAAUACAGCUGUUGGUUUAAAAGCUAAUUGUUUAAUGUUAACAAAAGAUCCACAAUUAAGAAAUUUAAAUGUUUUAAGAAGUGUAUAUGAAUUAAAAUGUGAAAAAGAUAAAAUUCGUUUACAUUUAAAUGAAUCAACUUUUACAUGGCCAAGAAUAAUAUUAUUUGAGAUAAAUGCUAUAUGGUUUUCAUUAUUACCAAAUUUUUUACAAAAAAUUAAUAAUAAGUUAUUAGGAUUAAAUCUAGGAAUAAAUUAUUUAUUUAAUUUAUUAGAUACAAAAGUUAUAAUAUUAGACCAACAACCAUUUCGUGUUAUUAUACAUUUAUGUGGUUUCUAUGGGAAACCAUAUUGGAGUUAUAGAGUUCUUCAACUUAUGGAAUGUUAUGGAAUUAUGCCAGAUUGUAUAACUUUACCUAUAUAUCAUAAAGCAAUAACAGCUAAAGGAUGGCCAUCUGAAAAUGAAAUAAAAGCAUAUAGAAAAUUUAAAGGUGUUGGUUGGGUUAUUAUAGGAAUUAAUUAUAUGGUAAAAACACAUAUUAAAAUAUCUCCAACAAAUGAAAUUGGAAAUGUUGCAAAAGAUAUAAACAAAAUUUUUAAGACAUUAAACAUUAAUGAAAAUAGUGAUAAUGAAAUAGAAAAUGAUGAAAUUUGUAAUGAAACAUUUAAUCCACAUCAAUACAAAAAAACAAUAAAUAAUUAUAUUGAAACUAAUGAUGAAUGUAAAGAUUUACCUAUGUCAUUUGAUUUAUUAGAACCAAAUAAACAUUUUAUGACAUGGAAAAAAAAUGAUGAAAAUAUAGCAUUAAAAAAUAGUCAAAAAUUUCCUGAAUUAAAUAAUUUUGUUAAUAAUAUGAAAAAAAAAGGAUAUUUAUUAAAAAUUAGAAAAGAAAUUGAAGAAAAAAAUAUUUCUAAUGAGGAGAUAAAUGAAAAGGAUAUUUACAUUGAUUGUUUAUAUAAAGAACAUUUUGAUAGUGAUAUUCCUAUUACAACAAAUGUAUCAUUAAUUGGAGAUUCUAAAAAUUAUUUUAAAAUUGAUAAUAAUAUUGAAGAUUUAAAAAAAAAUUUAAAUACAAGUUUAAGUAGUCUUUGUAUUUCUCAUGAAAAAAAUCCUCUUAAUGAUAUUGAAUAUGCAUUAACUGUUAAUACUAAUACAUCUAUUAAAUGUAAUGAUAUAUUAGGUUCAUCAACUAAUAUUAAUAUUGAACCAUUAGGAAUUGAUGAAUUAUCAGAUAAAAAUUCUAAAACUGUUUCUGAAUCUAAUUUAGAAGAAUCAAGAAGACGAUUUUUAAUUGAACAUUUAAGUGAACCAUUUUCUGAAAAAAAAGAAGAACAAAAUAUGAUUGAUUCAACAAAAUUAACACCAUCCAAAAGUUGGUUUAAAACAUUAAGUAAAUCUCCAUUAGUUUCAAAAAUUUUAAGCCCAUCACUUGUAAAUAAACAAGUAGAUACAUCAAAUUUAAAACAUUCUUUAUCAACACAAAGUUUAUCAACAAUAUUAUUUAAACCAGUUCAACAGGUGGCAAAAAAUUUAUUUGGUGAAAUGAAAACAAAAUGGAAAACAUCAAAUAGUAAUGAUAUUCCAUGUAAUGAUGAAUUACCAUUAGGAAUUGAACAAGAAACAGACCAUUUUGCCCAAAAAAUUUAUCGUAUAAGUAACGGGUUAAUUUAUGGAUUUCGUGGUAUUGAAAGAUUUUCAACAUUAAUGAAUCAAUAUAUUGAAUCAUUUCCUUUUCUUCGCAAAUGUAAUCGUCAAUUAAAAAGAAUUGAAUUAUCAAUUGCUUCAAGAUGUACUAAACGUGAAUGUGGAAAUAUUAAUUAUGAUGAAGAAAUAUGGACAAAAUUUAUGGAAUGUGAAGAGUCUUCAAUAUAUUCAUGUUAUCAUUGUGGUCAUAAUUUUACACCAUUAUUAACAGUUAAAAUAUUUAAUAAUACAAUUAUGAAAAAAAAUAGUUAUUAUCAACAAAAUCAUUUACGUGAAAAAGUUGAAUUUGGUAAUAAUGAGGAUUAUUAUAUCUCAUUUCCUGUACGUUUUUUAAAUCCCGUUUAUUUACGUAUGAUAUUGGAAACGCAAAUAUUAAGUUGUAAUAAUUAUACCAUUGGACCUGGUUUUUUUUAUGAUCAUCAAAUGCUUUAUUACAAUCUUCUUUAUUAUUUUAAAAGAACUAAUAUGCUAUCACAUUUAAAUUUAUGGUGUGGGACCAAUGUUCAAGUUAUAUGUACAUAUGAUGUACCUGAACUACAUGAGGACAAAAACCAACCAUUAUAUCUUAUGUCAAAACAAAUUAUUAGUGAACCAAUAUUAACUGAAACAUUACUUAAAAGACCACCUUUUCGUUUUUUAUUUGAUAUCAUAAGUGAAACAAUUCGUAAAACAUCAUUUUUAAGUGAUAAGUAUACUGAAGAUAUUCUUAAAUUUGAAAACUUUAAUGAAAAAAGUAUAAAAAUUUCAUUUUUGGAUGAAUUAAUAUCAAUAAUUAAUAAUGAUGGUAGUUUGGAUGAACUAAAAGGAAGUAAAAUUGUUGCUGGAAAAGAUAGUCAUUUGACAAAUUUAUUUUUACAAAAAUUUGCCAAAGCAGCUAAAGAUUUUAAAAAAGCUAAAAAAAAGAAAAAAAAUAAGGAAAGUAGUGAUGGGAAGAAGGAUAGUACAAAAAAUAAAAGUAAUCAUUCAGAAAAAAAAUUAAAAAUAGAUAAAACAACAGAUGAAAGAUCUUCAAGUAAAUCAAAUAAAGAGGAAGAAAAUAAUGGUGAUAAUAAAUCAAAAGAAGAAAAAAAAUUAAAAAAGAAUGAAAAAGAGAAUGGAAAACAUAAAAUUAAAGAAAAAGAUAAAAUUAUUAAUAUAUCAGAAGAGGAAAUAAAUCAUAAUUUUUCAAAAAAAUCAAACAAAAAAUCCAGUAAGAGAAGUCAAAAAACAAAAGAAAAAAAUUCAUCAAUUACCCAGGAGAAUAAUGUUAUAGAGGAAGAAAAGAAUAUAAACAAUAACAAUAUUUCAUUACAACAAAAUAAUAAUGACAUUAAAUUAAAAAAUAAUGAAUUAAUAGUUGAAAAGGACAAAGAUAAUGAUAAAAUUAAUAAUCAUGAACAUCAAAUAGUUACAUCUCCAUUAAUUCGACCUGGUACAGCUGUUGCACGUCCUCCUCCUCCUAAAUUAAAAAAAAAUCAAAUUAUUUAUGAAGAAGGGACUGAUAAAAAUGAAAUUGAUACAUCUAUAACAGUACCUUUAAUUACAGAAGAAGAAUCUAAAAAUACAGAAAUAGAUGAUGAUAUUUUUGUUACAGAAGAAAUACCAAUUAAUAAAUUUAGUGAUACUUCUAUAAAUGUUAAUAAAAUUAAUGAAGAUCAACAUGGUAUACUUGUAAAUAAGAUUGUUGAAAAUACAAAAAAUAUUGAAAAAGAUUCUUAUCCAUUAUCAGUAAAAUAUCAUAUAUAUGAUGACAGUGAAUAUAUUCAAUUAAAAGAAGAAACAGAUGAAUUAAGAAAGAGUAUACAACAUUUAACACAAACAAUAUAUCCUUUAGCUCAAAUUUUUGAUUUUAUACAAGAAGAUUUUGAUGAGAUGCUUCGUGAAUUAGAUUCACCCUGGAACAGUGUACAUGAACAAAUAUUAUUAAGUUUAGAAAGUGGAGAUUUUAUAAAACCAAUGACACAAUAUAUUGCUACAAUUAGAGCAAAUAAAACAAAUCACGACAUGGUUUCUGGCGACAGUUUUUCUAUGUACAGAGAUUUUUUAUUUUCUACAUUAGAUAGAUAUGGUACACGUGUUGAUAUAGCAAACUUUGAUUUUUACUAUAGAGAAGCAUUUGAAAAGAUACCACCAAUGAUAAUGAAUGUCUUACCGGCAAAAGAUUAUGCUCCAUCACAAAUAAGAAUGGCAAAUAGAAGAAUAUUUAUUCCAUUGGAUCUUGUUUAA